AUGGCUGAAGCCCAUUCUGCCGUGGCGUUCUCCUUCGCCAUCACUCACGAAGGAUUCGACAUUAAUUACGAUCAAGAGGUCUUAAACCUUGUUUGGAAUUCCGGCGUGCGUUCGUGGAAAAAACGCUUGGCUCGUGCUCGCAACGGCAUUCGUAAUGGUGUAUACCCGGCACAUAUACAGAGCCUAUGGCUCAUAACAGCCAUUGCCAUUGGUCUACAUUUUGGUGGAUUUGCCGUGCCCUUUGAUCUGGUUCAUCGAAUAUUGGUUCAUCUUCCCGCUAAUACCGUUAAUUGGCAAGUAACAGCUUGCUUCUUUGCAGCUUUGGUUAUCUGGCUUUCUAUAUGUUUUACCAUGCGCUACACCCUAAAGUUGCUGCUGAUGUAUAAAGGUUGGAUGUACGAGUCUAGAGCGCCGGGCAGCAAGGUGUCUAUAAAAACUAAAAUAUGGGCUGCGGCAGUAAAAAUACUCUCCAGUUGGAACACCCCUGGUCUGUACAGCUUUCAGGGUUCACUACCGAGAUUGCCUGUACCAGCGCUGCACGAUACAAUGCAGCGAUAUUUGCGUUCGGUGCGUCCAUUAUUGGACGACGAAAACUUUGCUCGUAUGGAGCGUUUGGCGAAUGAAUUUGAGAACACAAUCGGCAAAAAGCUACAAUGGUACUUAAAACUGAAAAGCUGGUGGGCCACCAACUAUGUUUCGGAUUGGUGGGAGGAAUACGUUUAUCUCCGUGGUCGUAGUUCUUUGAUGAUCAACAGCAACUUUUACGGUACAGACGCGAUUUUCAUGAAUUUGACUAAUAACCAAGCGGCUCGCGCGGCAAAUGUUGUAUAUUUGUUAUUGGGUUUUAGACGCUUAAUCGAGCGACAGGAGUUGCAGCCGAUAAUGGUGCAAGGCAUGAUACCGCUUUGUUCAUGGCAAUACGAGCGUACUUUCAAUACGGUGCGGGUGCCCGGCCUCGAAACUGACCGAAUUGUGCAUUACCGCGACUCAAAUCACAUUGUUAUUCUGCACAAAGGAUGUUACUAUAAGGUGGUUAUCUAUUUCAAAGGUCGUAUUCUAAGGCCAUGCGAGAUUCAAAUACAAAUCGAGGAGAUAUUGAACUCGAAAGCCAUCCCAUUGCCGGGCGAGGAGCAUCUAGCAGCCUUGACAACAAUGAACCGUUCUAAAUGGGCUGAGAUACGUAACGCUAACUUUGCCCGAGGCGUAAACCGUGUUUCUCUCAACAUCAUAGAGUCGUCGGCUUUUGUGUUGUCGUUGGAUGACGAGCCUUUCGAAUUUGAUUUGGCACGACCAGAGUUGCUUGAUAAGUUUGGCAAAACGUUACUGCAUGGUAAUGGAUAUAACAGAUGGUUUGACAAGAGCUUUACUGUAUGCAUUGGUACAAAUGGUCGCGUUGGCUUUAAUGCUGAACAUACUUGGGCCGAUGCUGCGGUUAUGGCUCACGUAUGGGAGAAUCUUGUCAUGGACGAUGCCACCACAAAUGGGGCUGAUGCACCGGUUAUGGGUCAUCUUUGGGAAUAUAUUUUCGGUGAUGAUAUAUAUGGAUAUGAUGAGGCUGGAAAUACAAAAGGAAUCCCGGAAUUUCAGCCACCAUCUCCUACCCGACUGAGCUGGGAUCUUGCUCCGUUGCAACCACAAAUUGAAGAGGCGACAUUGGACGCUACCAAGUUAAUAAAUGAUGUGGACCUACGUAUUCUGGUGCAUAACGAGUAUGGAAAGGGUUUCAUGAAGAAGUGUCGAUUGUCACCCGACGCCUACAUCCAAAUGGCUCUCCAAUUGGCAUACUACCGUGACGCGGGCCGAUUCUCAUUAACAUAUGAAGCGUCGAUGACACGCCUAUUCCGCGAAGGUCGAACAGAAACCGUAAGGCCAUGUACUAUAGAAUCAGCGGCUUGGGUGAAAGCAAUGGAAGACAAAAACUCGACAAACGAGGAGCGGAUACAGUUAUUACAAAGAGCAUGCGAACGCCACCAACUUGGCUACCAAGAUGCAAUGUGUGGGCGAGGUAUUGAUCGCCACCUGUUUUGCCUUUACGUGGUUUCUAAAUAUUUAGAAGUUGAUUCGCCAUUCCUCAACGAGGUAUUAAGCGAACCGUGGCGCUUGUCAACAAGUCAAACACCGCACGGACAAACCCCGAAAAUGGAUUUGAAGAAGCAUCCAAACUGCAUCAGCUCAGGCGGGGGCUUUGGCCCGGUGGCUGAUGACGGCUACGGCGUAUCGUAUAUCAUAGCCGGUGAAAACUUAAUCUUCUUCCACAUAUCAGCUAAAUUAAACUGUAAGCAAACGGAUGUUCACCGGUUUGCCGAAAAUAUUUGUAAAGCAUUAGCCGACAUUCGGGCAACGUUUGAGCAACACUUUAGCAAACGUAUAUGCCAAGGAGAAACUAAUACCAACGGUACUGCCUCAACGAAGCCAAAUAAGGCGAAAUAGAUAAAAAACAAAAAAAAUAUAUAUAUAUAUUACAACUAUUGUUAGCAGUUUCAGAAUCUAAUUAUAUGUAUGUACAUAUGUAAGUGUUAAAAUUUGAUAGUUGAUUUUUAUCAUAAUCAUACCUUUUGUGUUGUUUAAGUCGGAGAGCAAGAGUCAAAAAUCAUCGAUUUUCUCAAACUCUGAGCAAUUUUAAGCUACAUGAUUAGGCGCUAUUUUGUAAGCCUAUUUUUUAAGAAAAUUAAUAAAAAAUAUUCAAAAAUCA